AAAUGGUGUGCUUCGAUGGCUACUCUUAACUGAGAAGCGCUGUAGCUUAGCACUCAUCAGUGUCGCGAGAUCCGAUCCUCAACCAUUUUUAAACCCACCACCGACAACUUUGCAGUCGAUUGGAUUCGAUUCAAAGCGUUUCACUGAGAGAGAGUUCCCAAUUUCCCUUGCAAUCCCCCCUUCCUUUCCCAUAUGAUAGCCUGAGCAUCUCUCCGGUCUGGUUCCGAAAAAUCGAGACAAUAAUAAUGUCGGCGUUUUUGCACCAAAGACCCAUCCAUAAUCCGUUUACGGAUCAAGAACCGGUAUCCCCUCGCUCUUCCUCAAACUCCCAGAGACCCAUUUCGAUUUUCAGCCCGACCGCGCUUCUAAUUCUCUUAUCUCUCCUUGUAGUCCUCGGGGUCUUCUUGCCGUGGGCGGGCAUGCCCGAUUUCAUAUUCUCGAGCGCCAGUCCUUCACUUUCCAAGUGGCGAGACUACACGCUGGCACAAGCCGCGUCGUUUGUGGCCAAGAAUGGGACCUUGAUUGUUUGUGCUGUGAGCCAGCCUUACUUGCCGUUUCUGAACAACUGGUUAAUUAGCAUUUCGAGGCAAAAGCAUCAGGAUAAGGUGCUCGUGAUCGCCGAGGACUACGCCACGCUCUAUAAGGUGAACGAGCGAUGGCCUGGCCACGCCGUGCUCGUUCCACCUGCUCCCGAUGCUCAAACGGCACACAAGUUUGGUUCUCAGGGAUUCUUCAAUUUUACGUCCAGAAGGCCACGCCACCUACUGCACAUUUUGGAGCUUGGAUAUAAUGUUAUGUACAAUGAUGUUGAUAUGGUCUGGUUGGCUGAUCCAUUUCCAUAUUUGCAAGGGAAUCAUGAUGUGUACUUCACAGAUGAUAUGACAGCAGUGAAACCAUUGAAACACUCCCAUGCUCUGCCACCCCCAGGAAAAAAAGGGCGCACUUACAUCUGUAGCUGCAUGAUUUUCCUUCGCCCAACUACCGGAGCAAAACUGGUUAUGAAGAAGUGGAUAGAGGAACUUCAAGUGCAGCCAUGGUCCAAAGCGAAGAAAUCAAAUGAUCAGCCUGCUUUUAAUUGGGCAUUGAACAAAACUGCUGGAGGGGUGGAUCUCUAUUUGCUUCCCCAGGCAGCAUUUCCAACGGGAGGAUUGUAUUUCAAGAACCUGACAUGGGUGCAGGAAACCAAGGGAAUGCAUGUCAUAAUUCACAAUAAUUAUAUCACUGGUUUUGAGAAGAAGAUAAAGCGCUUCCAUGACUUUGGCCUCUGGUUGGUGGAUGAUCAUGCCCUUGAAUCCCCUCUAGGCAGACUAUGAUGAUUGAAAACCUUGCAUCUCCCUGUGGAGUUAAGCAUGCCCUUGGUGAUUGUGAAAUGCUUCUAGCCAGUGAGCUCGACCCUUCUUGAACAAUGACUACUCCCAUGAACUCUGUGGAAGGAAACUUUGCAUUAGCAGCUAAAUCUCUGUAUGUGCCAAUGGAUUUUUUAGCCAUCCUUUGGGAGAGAUUUCCUAUGGUGUCUUAGCAGGAUGGACAUGUCAACCAGUUGUACCAAUUAGAUUGUUGUCAACCAAUUUUCUAUUAUUUUCAAUUCCAAAAAUGUUUCUUUUUUUAUGCUAAAAUUCAAUUUUGUUAAAAAUUUAUUAUAUGUUAUAUUUUGGUGUAA